ACCAUAUGGCAGCUUUUGUUCUUCAUUGCCACUACAACAUUAGCGUGACAAAUAACUCUUUUUCUUGGGUAAAAAAUCCUCUGAUGAAGAAACAAUUAAAAAAGUUAUAGACGGGUGCCCACCAAAAAAGCUUUCACAGCUAUGAAAAGAAAAGCAACAGAAGAAAAAAUUGACAAUUUUAAAAAGAGUUUGUCUGAUUGUCCAGUAGGCUUUACAUGGUUACUGAGAAAAGAUGUAUUUGUAGAAAUUACAAAAAUCAUUCCAGCAAUUGAGGAUAUUUUAUUUUGUACGGAAUAUGUUGAAAGUAUUGAUAAAAAUACCUAUUUUAUCGAAAAUUCCAAAUUAACGGAGGAACAAAUUAUGAAAAUGAAAAGGGCUACUGUAGGUCAGUCAGCUAAUGAAAAUUGGUUAAUUGCAAGAAAACAUAGGCUUACUGCAAGUAAAUUUGGAGCUGUCUUAAACUCAAUUAAAAAUAACAAAUUUCCUCCAAACUUGUUUAAAAUUCUUCUGAACUUUGAAAAAGUGUUGGCAGUGAAGUGGGGGAGAGAAAAUGACAUACUAUACUUUCCUUAUCUGUAUACAGAUAGAAAAGUAAAAACACGUUUUUGAGCUUUUUUCUUUUAGAUUGUAAAUGUUUUAUUUUAUUUUAAAUAACUUAUGGUUCCUUAUUUAAUUACUUUAAAAAAAAAAGAGCAAUUCAAAUACUUGAUUGAUAUUUUUAUUAAGCCGAUACGCACUUUACCUACAUAUCGGCCGAAAUGACCGACAUCGGUUUCGGUCGAUCCUUAUUUUUUUUUUCUUGUUUUUAUAUCAAAAAGCAUGUUUAAGCAACGUUUUUUUUUUUUUCAGAAAGCCAAUAACAUGUAUUUGUGUUUUUUUAUUUACAUGAUAGUUUUUAUUAAACUUACUAAUCCUCAACCAGCAGCUAUUGGAGGAGCGGCCGGACCGCCACCGGGAAGACGUUUCCAGUUACAAUGCAGUGAUCAGUUUGCUUAUGCAGAUGCAAGUGAUCCAAAUUUUUUAAUGAAAUUUGAGCAAAAUACUCCACCAGGGUACCAUGUGUUAUCCGUUGAUCCCCGGCUAUAUUCCCUGGCAAAAAUGCCCAGAUAUAUUGUCAAAUAUCGUUGUCAAAACUUUCGUAGAUGUGAAGAUAUUAAACGAG